AUGAUACCCCAGUGCUUGAUUGCCAUGCCCCAGGUCUCGCCGGCUGCUCAGAGAGCCCUGUCAGAAGCCGGGUCUGAUAUCAGAACCGGGCUCGUUUCGUUGAUAAUACCAGCUGCUUUGCUCUACCUGGCCCUCUACGCGCUUGUGAAGAAGAAGAUCGGCGUGUUUGUGAUGCUGGAUUGGAUGGCCAUCUUUGCAUUCGCUGCCAAUGGCACUCUGGUGGUGCUGGAAUGCUCCGUUGCUCGAAGCCUGCAACUCUUCGCCGUUGCAAUUGGUAGCAUGAAGGCACUGGACUUUUAUGCCCGGAGGAAAUCACCUCCCAAAUACACCGAUCCGAAUCCGCCUUCAGACAGCAUCAUUGCUCUGCUUCUCUUCACGGAGCUGAGAUAUGAAUCAUUUACGCCAAAUUACCUCCGUACAGCUCCUGCUCCAGCCCAGCUGGAAGCAGACACCACGGCAGAAUACGUCUGCUACCAGAAGCGAGACCUGAAGGGCGGCAAACAGGUCUUCACUACAUUCGGCAAGAGAGUGGCCUCACUGCAAACACCAGGACGCAAAGCUCCCCAUCGAUUCUCAGAGGCAGUCGAUCUAGUCAUACAUGCAGCUUUCUUUCUAGCUACCCAGUUUCUUUUCCCGCUAUCCAAUCCGACUGUUCAAGCCAUUCAGAUUCUCCUUGCUAUCUACGUCAUUUGGGAAUCACUACAGCUGCUCCUCCGUUACAAGACUAGCCCUCCGCUCUUUGGACCGGUCUACACUGCUUCAUCUCUUGCCUCCUUCUGGAGCGAAACAUGGCACACAGCAUUUGCAAGUCCUUGCCGGUCACUCGCAUACGACCCCUUACGACGACAUCUGCCUGCCAAAUACGGCGUUCCUGAAUCGUUUGCAAAGGGGGUUGGAAUCAUUGCUUCGUUUUCGUUGAUGGGUUUGUUCCAUGCGUACAGCCUUGCUCCUGUUCUCCCCUUGGACGGUAUCUUGCGCAUCAUUGCUUUCUUCCUGUUGAAUGGGAUUGGGACCGUUAUCGAGACGGCGAUAUGGGGGAGAAAUGCGCAUUGGGGUAAAGCACUUUUGGCCUGGACUUUUGAGAUAGUCAUUGCCAGUUGGACGGUUGAGGGCCUUUCUCUUCCAAAGGGGCUACAGAACAUCUCGUGGGAUAGUAUCUGUAAUGUUGGUGGAGUUAAACGAGGUUGA